AUGAACUUCAGGGACGGGCCGGCGGAGGACGGCGCGGACCGGGACGCGGAGGCCGAGGAGCCGCUGUGGACGAGCCGGGCGGUGAACGGCAGCCGGCUGGUGUCCUACAGCUGCCGGGAGAACUACUCGGACUCUGAGGAAGAGGCGGCCGAAGACGCGGCCUCCGCCCGACAGGUGUUGAAGGACGACCCCCUUCCGCGGCACCGGCCCAGACGGACCCACAGUAAGCCGCCUUCCCCGCUGGCUGCGAAGGCUGCCGGCGGCCGGCUGGAGCCCGCGGCCCCAGGAGGGGCAGGGCUCGCGAUGAAUGACAGGGCGGCGGCCGCCGGGAGUCUAGACAGGAGCCGCAGCCUCGACGAGGCGGCGGCGGAGCAGCGAGGAGGCUGCGAUCAGGGGGACUCCAGCCCGGUGCCCAGAUUCCGCGCCAGCGCCAAGAAACUGCCCCCGGUCCUGUCCCCGCAGCUUACUGACGUGGACUCAACCUUGGAUUCUUCCGCAGGCUCCCUUCUUAAAACCAACAAUCACAUCGGUGGUGGGGCCUUCGCUGUGGACGCCCCCAGGAUCUACUCCAACAGCCUCCCUCCCACUGCGGCCGGGGUCGCCUCCGGCUCACUCAGGAUCAAUCACGCCAAUCACACGGGCUCCAAUCAUACCUACCUGAAAAACGCGUACGGCAAACCCAAGCUCUCCGAACCCGAAGAGGAACUUCUCCAGCAGUUUAAACGGGAAGAGGCGUCCCCGACAGGGAGUUUCAGUGCCCACUAUUUGUCCAUGUUUCUCUUAACUGCUGCCUGCUUAUUUUUCCUAAUCCUGGGACUGACUUACCUAGGAAUGAGAGGGACUGGAGUGUCUGAGGAUGGAGGCCUCAACAGUAAGUAUUAGAUCCUGUGGGUGAGGUGACAGGGGAUGCUGCUAGAGGUCUGCUUGAGCGGCCCUUAGGCUUUUACCUGCUAGGACGUGGUUUAACUGCAACAAGCAACAGUGAGUGUGUGGGUCAUCUUUAGGAAAGAACGAAACUAUGAGAACGAGGUCCCAUGGCUGGUUUUAAGAAGUUUCUGUGCCGUGUUUUGUGAAACUCAGAGCAACUUACAGAGGGACAAAAUAUUACCAGACUGUUAGUAAAGUGCGAAUAUGUCACUUUUCUUUUAGCCUUACAUAAUUUAUGCAUGUGCCACUCAACAGUUUUAAA